AUGACCGUCUCUGACUCUCGGCAGCUCUCCUUUCCCAUCGAGCAGUACCAGCAUCUUCCAAAUCCCUAUCCCCAUGAUGCAAUCCGCGACUCGUUUAUCCGCACGAAUAUAGUUAAUCUAGACCUUGCUUCCCCUCCUCCCCAACUCUACAAGCCUCCCCUUACCCCGCCAGAAACACCUCUUGCGCGCAAGACCAUCGCCGAAAAUUCGACCCAGUCAGAGGUUCAAGUCACUCAGUUGGCCUUUCUCGAGGUAUUUCUCGCCGUCGGGCUAGUGGUCGAUGUGAAAGCGCGACCGACGAGGUAUCUGGCCGUUGGAGGCGUCCCUCCCGAUGUGCACACCUCGCUACUCAGUCGAAUAUUCUGUCGAAUGGGGGACCUCAAAGGCAUAUUUGUGCGCUACCAGCACAAAGGUGUUGUCGUCCUCUCAUGGCACGACGUUAGACAUGCCAACAAGGCUCGUAUGAUCAUCCAGUCUAGCCUCCUUUUUGGUCUAGCAGAGCCUCUUUGUGCAGCGUUCAUCACGCCUCAAAGCCUGAUCAAGGCCACUGGAAAGUCUCCGUUCGUCAAUGGAAGCGAAGGGAAUCUCUCUAUCACUGCAAAUCUGUCCAAUCCGCCGUCUGGUCAUCAACCAGUCAGCCUACACGCAGCGUUGGCCUUGUUUGGUGACCUCUCUUCUUUCUCAACCAAGUACAAUGCGGACCAUACGACAUUUGACGUUUCCUACUACGAUGCUCGUGAUGCAAUUAAUGCCAAAAAAUACCUCAACGGACGUUCGAUCCUCGGAAUGGAGCUGAAGAUUGCUGACGAGUUUGAGCCAGACGGCAAUCGUGAAUGGCAGGUGGCCCCAAAGCCUGCGACUGUCUCCUCUGAAGUCGAGGAUAAGCCGUCGACACAUCCCAUCACCCCUCUCUCUCCAGCAUCCGCUGCGUCCACCGGGCAUCGUCUGCCACAGAAAGCACACGCCCCUGGCGAAGAAACGGGACCUGUUCUGUAUCGCACGCCCAUCUCGCUCGGACCACUACCCCCCACUCCGACGUCUCCUGUAAAACGUACAAAAAAGGCACUCGCCCCGUCUGCGUCUGUAGCCAAUCUGCGCACUCUUACUUCAAACACCCCGAGCACUCAUCAGCAGCCAAAGUCCAAUGUGCAUAUACGCACAGUACCUCCUCGCCUCUCACUUCCUUGGCUCAACGCUUCUAUGCCUGGAGGUCCCCUCCACCAAAAGGCCCCUCAUAUGAACCUGCAGCCUUCGAUGUUCAACCAUACUGCUCCUGGUCAAGGUGGCCCACCGACGAAUCAGUCGUCUCCACGUUCGUUUGUCACUGGUCCGACAACGCCUUAUCAUUCUCAAAACAAUAGCACGAGCACUGCAGACUCCAUGACGGAUUCUGGACCAGCGACGCCUAACCAUGUGUUCCCUCACGGCAACUCACCUGCGCUCUCCAAAGCUGGCUCAUUUGAGCAGCUUCCCCAAGAAUCUCCUACCGCCGGUCUCAUACGCAAUGCACAUUUGCACUCGGGAGGAGCUCCCGGGAUACCAGAGAAAAACAGUGUUAGCGUCUCCAGGAUUGAAGCAGGGCUGGAUACGCGAACGACGGUGAUGCUCAAGAAUAUUCCGAACAAAAUGUCGGACUCCGACUUGCGCAAGUACAUUUCCGAAGUCGUGCCCAAUUCGUUUGAUUUCAUGUACCUCCGAUUUGACUUCAACUCUUCUGCCAACGUUGGUUAUGCCUUUGUCAACUUUACUGAAGUGUCGGCUCUCCUCGCUUUCGCCAAGGCAAGACUCGGUGUGAAGUGGAACAUGUUCUGUUCAGAAAAGGUGUUGCAGAUGUCCUACGCCAACUUUCAAGGCAAGGAAGCACUCGUGGAAAAGUUUAAAAACUCGUGCGUCAUGGAGAUGCAAGAUAAUUGGGUGCCCAAAAUAUUCUACUCUUCUGGUCCCAAGAAGGGUCAACGCGAGCCCUUCCCUCCACCGACGAAUCCAUCUCGUGCGCGCCGGAGCCAAGAUCAGCGCGAGAGAGGUCUCCUCCGCACCGGAAAUGCAUUCACCUUGGCACCUGGGAGGUCCAACUUUAAGCCUCAAUAG